AUGCGGUCAAUACUUCAGCCUCGCUCCUUAUGGCGAGCGCAACCUCUCACCACAUGUCUCCGCGUUCAAUUCCGAGUUAUUAGCGCGCCAGGCGCCCGCUUUAUCACGACGUCAAAUCAAGAAGAAUAUGAAACAUCGCUCUACGAGCGAGGCGGUUUGUCGGGACGAGUGCAUAUUCUUGGACUAGGAAAUGUAGGGUCAUUUGUUGCCCACUCGCUAGCAACAAGACGAAACGCACCACCAAUUACGUUGUGCAUGCACAACGACCACAUUCGCCGCGAUUUUGAAAGGAAAAAAGGAAGCAUCUCCGUUAGCACCCAUGGUUUGGACGAUGUCAGGUCGGGGUUCGAUAUCGAAGCCGUUGACGAAUUUGGGACAUGGUCUCAAGUACCAAGCAAGGACUACCGACCCUCGCCAUUCCAGACCGAGAAACCCGACACCCGUGUCGAUGACAGUCCAAUCGAUUGUCUGAUUGUUUGCACCAAAGCACACCGCACAGAGCUUGCUCUCCGCGACAUCAAGCAUCGCUUGACAAAAGACUCAACCAUCUGCUUCAUUCAUAACGGCAUGGGGGUACUAGACACCAUUAACCAGACAAUUUUCCCGGAUCCCGACGAACGGCCAAAUUACAUUCAAUCGGUCUUCAGCCACGGCCUCACACGGAAGGAUAUCUUCAAGAUCGCCCACAUGGGUGCCGGAACUUUCAUCCUUAGCCCAGUCACAUCGGGCUCACCCACGGAGGUAAAUGAAGAUGCAUGGGCACCGUCAACGAAGUAUCUCAUGCGUCUUUUGACCCUCACUCCACCAUUGGUUGCUAUGGCGGAGACUCCCGCAGGUCUACAGCAGUACCAACUCGAAAAGCUAGCAAUGAACUGUGUCAUCAACCCUCUCACCACGCUGAGUGACUGCACCAACGGUGAACUACUGUAUUCAUUCAGUUUCACUCGCGUCAUGCGACUGCUGUUGUUCGAAAUCUCGGCGGUAAUUUGCGCCCUUCCUGAAUUGCAGGGCGUCCCGGGUGUCGAAGACCGCUUCUCUCCAGAACGGUUGCGUCGCCUGGUCGUGAACCUGGCGCGGAUGACGGCCGAAAACACCAGCUCGAUGCGGCAGGACAUGCAGAAUAAGCGGAGGACGGAAAUUGAAUACACCAACGGCUACAUCGUCCGCCGCGGCGAAGAACUUGGGAUCAAAUGUGUACUAAACUACAUGAUCAAGCACAUGGUCACAGCCAAGGUAGCCCUUGGUCAAGACAAGGAACACGGAUAUGUGCCCUUUGAUCUCGAAAACGACAUCGAUAUCGCCACUCACGAGCCAGGUGUCUAG